CGGCAAAGAGCCGGAGCUGCAGAUCGGAAGAGCAGAGCGUUGGGCUCAGUCCGGCUCCCACGCCGAAGAGUUCCUGGGGUGACACUUUCUUUUUCCUUCCUUUACCUAGGGAAUACCUUGGGAUUUACCCCCCAUCUUCUCAUCCCACGGAUUUGGUGGUUCUCCCGCCCCUGGCCUCGCCUCCUGCCCGCCCUCGGAUCAGCGCUCGGGUGAAAAGGGCACCAUCAGAGGGGUGAUCGCUGGCCCUUGUGCUACACUACAGUGAGUAACCUUACGGAUGGACAGGGAGAGAGGGAGAGAGAGGAUGAUACGAGACUGUGUGUGAGAGAGACAGAGAGACAGAGCGAAAGACAGAGAGACAGAGAUAGAGAGACAAAGAUAGAGAGAGAGAGACAGAGAGAGAGAGCGACGGGGAGAGACAAAGAGAGAGAGAUUGAGAGUUAGAGAGGGAGACAGAGAGAGAGAGAGAGAGAGAGAGAGAGAGAGAGAGGGGGGUGAGACUAUGGAGCAUUACUACAGAAAAAACUGUAAAAUCCUUCCCAGAAAAGUUAGACUUUCAACUUUAAAUUGCAAGAUUGAUUUUGUGCAAUGUUCUUGAACAUUGUGCAAGAAAUUGACCAGCGGAAUCACCGAUUUGAACAAAACUUAACCAAGACUGUAUCUACUGGCAAUAAUGUACAUGUAAAUGAAUACAUAAACACAGCUUGUACCCUCAGAGACCCUAGACUGAAGAAGUCAAAUAACAGGUCAACUUUUUCCAGCUUGAAGUAACAAAAUGGGUGUUUCUUUUAAUUUUUAACACAUGUUAGAUAUAAGCCUAAGUAGGACAAAGGGAGGUCAACUUGCACAACCUGUCCAACUCUGUUUUAUAACCACAGAGAAAGCAUUUACAGGAUGUAUCUAUAAGAUAACUGAGCGUCUAUAACUGUUUAGCCCUGGGUGGUUAACAGGUUCUGCCCUCUUGUCCUCAUUGGAUCUCUAUGGGGAUGGGGGUAAAGCUGGACAAUAGAGUGGGGAGUGUAGUUUCCAUCCAUAUGCUAUUAAACUUCAACACUCGUCAGGUGCGGUAAUCAAUACCAGUGGAGGCUUUUGAAGGGAGAAAUCGGAGAACAAGUAAAACAGCCUCUUCCUACAUAUACCUAUACCUGAAUAAACUCUCCUGCACCCCACUUUGCAGCGAUAGAGGGCCCUUUGAUGAUUGUAUCAUCGUUGGCUAAACUAAGCUAUAGCCUAGGGAGCUAUGUAGCCUAGCUACAGUAUCUCCAACCAACAACCCCAAACUAUCCCAGAAGCCACUGAGGCCCCUCAUCCAUCCACAGAGCGAGCACACAGACAGAGUGCUGUUUGAAAGCAUCAUCUAAUAGCUGCCACUAUCUCACACACACACUAAGGAGAAUACAGGCCCAACAGACAUGGGGGGAUAUGGGAGAUUCGUAACCAUUGUGUGUGUGUGUGUGUGUUUUCCUCCCCUGCACGCCGUAUGCCCCUCAUGUGAUGGCCUCUCUGAUGGCCUCUCUCAAGCUGGCAUCCCGCCACUUCAGGAAAAUGAAGCGCUUCUUACUGCGCUAACACAUAGCCACGCUUACUAUUACCCUAUAUCAUUUCUGUAAUAACAGUCCCAUGCUUGGCCUAGAGAGCAGAAGCAGUAGCUAGCAGCUUGCCGCCACAGCCUGACUUAUUAGCCCGUGCCAGUGACUAAUUCUGACUGUAACGAAUCUGUCAUUGAAUUAGCCAACAAUAUUGAUGAAUAAAACCCCUUAGAAACAUAGAGUUACUCCAGUGAGGUUCCCACGACAUUUAGCAACGAUUUCGUCUUUUGUGACUGUCCUGGUGUGUAGUCAAGGCUCAGGGCUAGUUUUUACUACCAAGUGUAAUUUUAUCCCUUUGAUACACAGAAAAACGAUAACAUGAUUUCCCAGCUGAUUUUGUACUUUGUUAACUGUACAAACAUUGCACAGCUUUUGACAUUUACAUGUAUUUAAGUGUUUUUAUAUCAAAGGAACAGCUUUGUUAGCUGUAUAUUCCAUCUAUACUUACAGACAGUACAGGGUGCACAAUUUACAAGCUAAAGUUAUAAACAGGACAGUUUCUUCACCAAGCAUCCCUUUAAGUCCCUCUGGUCCAUGAUGUGAGUUAGAUACAGCACUUUGUAAAAUGUAUGUGCAAUGUUUUCUCAGCUCAUCUCUUACAGCUAGCAAAUACUGUACAUACACAAUGCAAACAAGAGACUUCAUAAAAAGCAUAUUUAAUCUCAUAUAAACCUCAAACAUCAUCACACUCUAUUCUUGGUGAACCUUCAUUCAUGUCCGAGUUCUGACGGAAAAAUUCUAAAAACAUCCCAUCAUAUAGUCUACAGUCAGUACAUGAGGAGGGUGUGAAUUUUUUGUCCAAGUGAUCAUCCAUAAAGCAUACUAACAUGUUGCUGAACAAGGCUAGAGAACAGAUGGGAGAGAGAAGUCCGUCUGGUACUGUAGUGAUUGUUACUGAGUGUUCCUCCCAGAUUAAACUCACCACAUUCCUGCUCUGCAUGUCGCUGUGUUCCACUGACAGAUACCCCACUGAGCACUUCUCUAAUCACCUGCAACAACAUUCUAGACGUUUCUGGAAGUUUCUGUCUCUCUCUGUCUGUCCCCCUAUGUACAUAACUAACUACAUAACAAUGUCAAAGUGGAUUUAUAAAGUCAAAGUUGUCCAUGUUUAUAAAGUUGUUAUAAACGGUCCUCUAUGAUUCUUGGCAUGAUUGUGCUUGUUUCCAGAUACCUUCAUCCUGACCUGCCCACUCGCCUGCCCUCGACCCCUCACCUCCCUGUAACCAUGACGACCAAAACGACCAACGACCUGGACGGGAACAAGGUUUCCUCCUCCCCUCUCCUGUUGGCCACAUCAUCCCCACCCUACCUGUCUUGCCAGCGCCUGGUGACCAAGGACGGUCACUGCGCCCUGCGCUCCUCCCCUCCCUCUCCUGGCCUGUGGCCGUCCUGGGCCUCUGCCUCUGCCUGGCUGCUAGCCCUACAGGUAAAAUAAAGAAGUUGACACACACCCUAAAUAGUUGAAGAGGUGCUGCUGGCUAAAUGGAAAAGUAAACUUAAAAUAAAAAGUUAUACACAGACACUCUAUGGGCCGGAUUCGCAGACAUAGAUUAAGACUAGUCCUGGAUUUAAACUCUCAAUUGAGAAUAUCCAUUGAACUUGAUUAUUUGACCAGUGUCAGGCUUUAUCUGUGUCUGGGUAACCAGCAAUAAUUGAAUGGGUAUAUACACCCUGGCUCUCCCCUGCAGGACCUGUGGGGGGCAGUGGUGUGCCUGCGCUGGCGCUGGGUUCUCUUGGCCUUCUGCACCUCCUUCGUGGCCCACUGGCUGCUGUUCGCCUGCCUGUGGUACCUACUGGCCCACCUCAAUGGAGACCUGGCGGUGGAGGACCACGACGCUCCUCCAGAGGGACACGUGGUGUGUGUCAAACACAUCACCAGCUUCACCGCAGCCUUCUCCUUCUCCUUGGAGACCCAGCUGACCAUUGGGUACGGCACCAUGUUCCCCAGUGGGGACUGUCCCAGCGCUAUAGCCCUGCUGGCAGUUCAGAUGCUGCUGGGCCUCAUGCUGGAAGCCUUCAUCACAGGUACUUUAUAAUGGAGAGGAGCACUUCUCUUUCUCUCUUUCUCAGUUUGUUGUUGUACCUUUCAAUGCUGAGGGCACAGCUGUUUGGUCUUCUUCAUCUUGAAUUUUUAUAAACUUUUAUAUUUAAUUAUUUAACUUUCUUGUUUAAAUUCGAUCUUUGUUUCAUCUGGGUCUCUUGAGAUUAAAAAAAAUAACACAUACAUAUUUCUAAGGAAAACUACUGAUAUGUACAUCUUCACUCUCUCUCUCUCCCAUCCCCGCUCUUCAGGUGCGUUUGUGGCAAAGAUCGCCCGUCCCCAGAAGCGUGCGGGGGCCAUCCAGUUCAGCCCCCAGGCGGUGGUGGGUCAGCACCAAGGCCAGCCCUGCCUCGUGUUUCCGGGCCACCAACCUUCUGCGCCGCCCCCUGGUGGACGUGGAGGUCAGUGCCGUGCUGUACGAAGAGAAAGAUGACCAGGUCCUGCACCAGACCAACCUGGACUUCCAACUGGACCAGCUGGGCCCGCGCCCCUGCCCCUUCUUCAUCUUCCCCCUCACCUUCUACCACGUCCUGGACCGCCACAGCCCCCUUUACCCGGCCCUGCGUGAGGGCAGCGCCAGCCACUUUGAGCUAGUGGUGUUUCUCUCCGCCUCCCAGGAGGGCACGGGCGACGCCUGCCAGAAGAGGACGUCCUACCUGCGCCAGGAGAUCCAGUUUGAGCGGCGCUUCGUGCCCGCCAUGGGGCUGGACAAGCAUGGCAGGUACCAGGUGAGCAGUCAGCACUUUGGCAUGGCCCACUGCAAGGAGCCGCUGGACAAGGAGUGUGUGGUGCAGAUCAACGGGGACGGGAGUGACAGGAUGGAGUAA